GGAUGUUCGUGUAUUAAGUAAGCAAGUGUCCAUUCGAUUGGUUUUAAAUAAAAUGAGAAUUGAAGUGAUGCGAUUGCGUCAGUCAUAAGUUCUAUGAAUAAACGACGUACGUGUAAAAUAAUCUAUUUGGAAAAAAUAGAAAAGCCUAAGACCGCGGAUGAAAGGUUAUAUUCUGCAUUGGGGUGCACAUGCGUGUGCGACUGCAUUAUGCAAUAUAAUCUUAUGUAUGCGUUGACAACAUCGAAUUGACUGGCAAUACGAUGAGCUCCAAGGUUAGAGUAGAAUGGCUCAACUCGGUGCUCGAAAAGCGUCUGCAGCGUCGAUAGAAGACUCUCUCGUCACGUGCCAAUCGUGAAAUAUUUCUUCCUAUCUCGCUUGAUCGUGGCGGCAAAUUAUAUUUAUCAAUAAUGCAAGAGAACCGUGACUACUGUCGUAAAGUCAAUGUCAUCAUGUUUCCAACAAGUGAAUGUUCUAAAUCAUCGUAGCCUGGUACAUUGUAGUCAAAUCAUCAAUUGACAGCUUAACAGCUGGACACGAGAUUAAACGAUCUUGAAGAUGAGGGUCAUAUUGGUUAAGUUUCGUCAAUUCACAAAAGUGUACCCCAUUGCCAGGGGUAUGGCAUCUUAUACGGUGAUUUGGCCCGUGGCUAGUCUUAUACAGCAGAAAAUCAGCGGAAAGGAGCAGUUAGAUUAUAUACAAGCUAUGAGAUUUAGUUUAUACGGAGGCUUCUUUGUAGCUCCAACGCUCUAUUGUUGGUUGAAAUGUGCAUCGUACUUUUGGCCCAAACCUGAUCUUAAAUCAGCAAUUACAAAAGCCCUUGUUGAACAAGUAACUUAUGGUCCCAGUGCGAUGUGCUGUUUCUUUUUUGGUAUUAAUCUAUUGGAGCUCAAACCUAUCUCAGAAUGUAUAAACGAAGUUAAGGUAAAAUUCUGGCCAACUUAUAAGGUUGGAGUGUGCGUCUGGCCUAUCCUUCAGACUAUCAACUUUUUCUUUAUUCCAGAAAGAAAUCGUGUGAUUUACGUUAGCAUUUGUAGUCUUAUGUGGACUUCUUUCUUAGCGUACAUGAAGGCCUUAGAAUCAAAAAGAACCAAAGACCUUAUCAAUAUCGAAAGUAACAUAAAUAAUUCAUUAAUAAAUAAUGUAAAAACGAAUAACCAGUCAACUUAAGAGACUGAAUUUAAAACUAGGUGC